GAGAAUGUUCAACUCCGACAACGUCUUAUAGCACUGACCGGGGAGCUGGCUGAAGUUCGUGCAGAUUUCGAGAGGGCGAAGGCUGACUUCGAGCGCGAGAUGGUUCUCCUUCGAAAGGAGAUGAAGACAGCACUCGAAGAACAGAAGAAGCGUCUGGAUGCCGAACGAGAGGAACAACUGAAGGCUUUCGAUGCCGAGCGGGCGAAGUGGAAUGAGGAAAGAGCCGAGGUAACUCAGUGCGUUUUUUUAUUAACUUUUGGUUGUUCAUUGGCUUUUUGA